GAAACAUGUCCAAGUACAAAUAUGAGUUGCAGCGCCGGUCAGCUGUUGCUUUGGCUCAAAGCAAAAGAGGGAGGUUCCUGUUGUUUUACUGUCGAGUGACCAGGUGCACUUGCAAAUCUCAUGGGCGAGUUUGCCCAGCUGGACAAUUUCCUGACACAAGAGGGCAACAAGAAGAGCAAUUUACCCGCACCAGUGAGCCCUGCUUGGUAUGAGCCAGAGAGCAAGACUUGGUAUGGUCAAAAUGAUUUGAGUAGCCUUUCCAAGAAGGAGAAGCAGAACCUCGUGUCCUGCACCAUGUUUUGUCAAUAUGCCACCACUGGCCGCUCGAAAUGCCGACGCUGCGGCGAAGUGAUCGAGAAAGACAUCCUACGACUGGGAUAUCCUUUCCGCUGGCGGCAGCAAGAUCCCUGCUUCACUAUGUUCCUGCACACUGAGUGCUACGAUCCUGCCGUCUUCGGAAUCAAGGAGAAGGAGCUGCGCAAGAAGAUUUACGGCUAUGAAGCGCUGAACAACACUGAACGGGCUCGACUUUGGAAGGAGAUGCGGAGUGAAGGUCAACACGCAGCUGCCAGCAAAGAAGGGGCGGAUGCCACCGCGGAGUACUCCAGUGGAUCGGUCGGCAGGUGCACCAAGAGCGUUCCUGAAGUGCCAGUGCCCAAGGACUUGGCGGUGCCCAUGCUGCCUUUCCAGAAAGAAGGUCUUGCCUGGAUGUGCCACCAGGAGGAGAGUAGUGUCAGGGGCGGCAUUCUGGCCGACGAGAUGGGCAUGGGCAAGACGAUCCAGGCGAUUAGUCUCCUCUUGGCUCGGCCGAUCAAGGGGCCGUGCCUGGUGAUCUGUCCAAUGGCAGCGGUGAACCAAUGGAUGAAAGAGAUUGAGAAGUUCACGAAGAAAGGCACAUUGAAGACCUUGGUGUACCACGGCUCCGAGAAAGGCCGAGUGGCCACGCAGUUCAAGAAAUGUGAUGUUGUCAUUACAACCUACCAGACCUUAGAGUCCGAUUAUCGACGCGAAGCACACAAGCACCGAGUGAAAUGCAAGUACUGUGGAAAGCUCUUCAUGCCAGAGAAGCUCACCUUCCACCAGCGGUAUUUCUGCGGCCCCAACGCAGAAAAGACCAAAAAGCAACAGAAGACUGCGGCCAAGAAGGCAAUGCAAUCCAUGGGCAUUGGACCUUCUAAGAGCUCCUCCUCCACGGACACGCGUGCUGGACCGGUGAACCGAGUCGGUCACGCCGAGCGUCCGGCGGUGCCCGGUGCGGAGUUGGUGGACUUGUGCGAGAAGAAAGGCCUGGACUCCAGUGGUCGGAAACCCGAACUGGUGGACCGGCUCAUGGACUUCGCGGUGCGAGGGAAGACCGACGAACCGGUGAAGAAGGCACGGGUGGUCGCGCGCCGCGAAGCGGGUCGAGGAGAGACCGGGCGCGGAUCGCCAAAUGGUGGCUAA